UAAGAAAAAUUAUUAUCGAAUUCUAGGGGGAGGAGAGUACAGAAAGCGACAAAUGAAAACUUUUUUUCCUACUUCCACCAAUAGAAAAAAAAGCUUACUGUUUUAGAGAGAAAAGAAGGCGUAAUCUGACACGGAACUAAACUGUAAUGAUUUUAGCUGAUUUGGCACGUCCUCCCAUCUGCCCUGAGCUACGAAAAGACAUCUUCCUGUGGGUCAGUGCCGUCAGUGCCACAGAAAGAGAUUCAGCACAGCGCUGGGUAGAGUGAAAGAUGCAAGAGGGCAGAGGAUGGGAGAGCUGAACGGGAGGUGCAAGAAGAUAGAGGGAGAGAAGUAAAAAGAUAGAAAGAAAAGGGGUAGGGAGGGAUGCAGAAAGGAAGAGGGGGAGGGUUAAUGCAGUGCAGACUGACUGAAAAGAGAAAGGAAAGCUGAACUUUUCUCCCCCCACCGAAUGCCACACAAACACACACACACACAGCGUGAGUAAUCGGAAGCGAUGGAGAGAACAAUCUGAAUGUAAAGCCUACAGUAAAAAGUGUGUUUAGCUUCUCCAAUGAACCAGAAAGCUGCUCGUGUCCUCAUCGGGCGAAUGGAUGACCUCUUUCUGCCGGGCAGUAGAAGGAGGGUAUAUGAUGAAGAAGCAAAUCAGCAGCUGUAAUCAUGUACAUAAGAACAAUGUCAACAAAGGCUGUCUCUAUGCCGUGCCCCAGCAUUUAUCCCUGCGUGAUUAUGGCUUCUGCAUGGCCUCUCUUAUAUUUUUUUGCGUGGGUUCCCUUUUCUACCAACUAAACGGGGGACCCCCGCAUAUCCUGCUGCAGCUCCGCCACUAUUUAGGAAAUUCCACUUACAUGGAUGACCAUGGUCCUGUUUCUCCAAAGAUACUUCCAUUUCCUAGUCAAGUAGUAUAUAACAGAGUUGGAAAGUGUGGAAGCAGGACAAUUGUCCUACUGCUACGCAUUUUAUCUGAAAAACAUGGGUUCAACUUAGUAACGUCUGACAUUCACAACAAAACCAGACUAACCAGAAAUGAGCAGAUGGAGUUGAUUAAAAACAUCAGUACUGCUGAUCAGCCAUAUUUAUUUACUCGACAUGUCCAUUUCCUUAAUUUUUCAAGUUUGCUUUCUUGUAGGUUUGGGGCUGAGCAACCAGUGUAUAUCAAUAUAGUUAGAGAUCCUGUGAGCAGAUUUCUCUCUAAUUACUUUUUCCGCCGAUUUGGUGACUGGAGAGGGGAACAAAACCAUAUGAUACGAACCCCUGGUAUGAAAGAAGAAGAAAGAAACUUAGAUAUAAACGAGUGCAUUCUUGAAAACUACGCAGAGUGUUCUAAUCCCAGAUUAUUUUAUAUUAUUCCAUAUUUUUGUGGGCAACAUCCAAAAUGCAGGUCUUAUAUUAAGAUGUUAGAAGUGUGCAGUGCACCAUAUGAAGGUGAAGAAUCUUCAUCAGUUUGUAAGGACCCUGGUGAAUGGGCAUUGGAACGAGCUAAACAGAAUGUAAAUGAGAAUUUCUUACUUGUUGGAAUUCUAGAAGAGCUGGAAGAUGUGCUUCUUUUGCUGGAACGAUUCUUACCUCAUUAUUUCAAGGAUGUCAUGAGCAUCUAUAAAAAUCCAGAACACAGAAAACUUGGAAACCUGACUGUCACUGUAAAGAAAACUUUUCCUUCACCUGCUGCACUUCAGGUUCUAUACCAGCGCAUGAAAUAUGAAUAUGAAUUUUACUACUAUGUUAAAGAGCAGUUCCAUCUGCUGAAGCACAAGUUUGGACUGAAGUCUCACAUUAAGCUGCAACCCAGUGAAGAAGCUUCAUUUACUAUUUCAAACCCAAUGGAAACAGAAGAACCAAUAGAAGAUGAAGAGGACCAAGAUGAUGAGAAGUGGUUAGAAGAUAUUUAUAAAAGGUGAUGCACUGCUUCCUGCAUCACAGUUGACAGUCCAUGUAUAAACUGUUUUUUUUAACAAAAAAUGAACUCAAAGUGGAAUUAUGGAAUACUGCACCCCUAUUUUGUUUACGUUAUAAUGUUUUAUUUUUAGAAAGAAAUACAUAUAUAAAAUUUAACACAUUAUUGCCUGUAUUUCCAAAAAUUUUUCAGUUUUGCUCUAUGGGUGCUUAAAACACAACAGAAUGCCAGAUUUUAUGUACAUCCAUUACAGGAGAAAGGUUUACCAAAAAAGAAAAGAAUUAAAACUGGAUGUUCACUUUAAGAAAAGCAGAAAAGUAAUCUACAUUUUCUGCAUACUGUUGCAUUUACGUAAGCCUUAUAUUAAAUGUACCCGCUGGCUGGAUGUUGCUUGUGUUAGUUUCACAUCACAUACUCUAAAAGGCCAACUCAGGCAUCAAGCACUACUGUGUAUACCCCUUACUUGCCCUGUUCAAUUGCACGUGGUAAACGGUAAAAAAAAGUGGCAUUAGAACGCAAUUAAAAAAUUUUCAGUAUGGAAUGCUGUGUAAAAUCAGGUAUUUAUAAAGCUGUGUAAUGAUUUUAUGUGAAUAUUAGCAAAGUGCUCUGUUGUAAAAAAGAGGUAUAACUAUGAAAAAUAUUUUGCACAGCUUUAUAAAUGUUUAUCUUAGUAAGUGUAUCAGUCUGAUUCCCAGACCAAUUUGUCAACUAUUUACUCUCUAAAGAACCCAAGGAAUUAACAAAUAUAUAUAACAUAUAGCUAUAGAUAAAAAAUUUAAAAUCUUUGCAUUUGGCUGAUUAAACUAAUGAGAGCUUCUGUAAUAUGGUGCAUGUAAUACAUAUCCAAAGAUAUGCUUUAGCUCUUGCUAAAGAAAAAGAGUAUUUGUCCAACCAAGUACUGUGGCAGUCCACUAGUGAUGCACCAAACCCAGUUUUUUGGGUUUGGCCGAAUCCCCGAACCCAACCCAAUGGAUACCGAACCUAAUCCUAAUUAGCAUAUGCUAAUUAAAAUUAGCAAGGGAUAAAAUUGGCACGCGCAAUGUAACUAUUCUGAAUGCUAAUUAGCAUAUGCUAACUAGGAUUCGGUUCCGCCGGGACCGUGGAUUCGGAAGAAACAGAACCCUGCCAAAAGAGGCUGAAUCCUGGCCAAAUACUGAACCGAAUCCUGGAUUCAGUUCAUCCCUACAGUCCACACUAGGUGCCUAAUAUGAGUGUGGGCAAUCAUGCUGAGGCACAUAUAUACACAUACUGAAUGUAUGCCAGAGCCCAGGACACUCAAUAUGUGCAUGCACAUGACCAAUAUGUGCAUGCACAUGGGUGCAGACACCUUCCAUGAACAGCAAAAGGGUAGGGAUUACAGGCUCUUUUAGUGAUAGGUGCCAUGACACAUUCCAAAAAAUUAAUUUCACCACUACUCUCUGUCUAUUAAGUCAACUCCAGUAGCGCACCAACUUAUGUUCACCUUAGCAGGAUUAAUGUGCUGCACCUUGCUUGAUUCAGCUCUUUGCCAUUACUCGUGCAUGCAUGUAAUCUCUAUUCAGUGCUACUGUAUACGCAGAGUGGUAUAUUCUUACAGUACAGUAACUACAAAUGGGGUGAAAUAUCACACUUUAUAAAUUCAUAAAAAUAAUUAUGCACAGUAACAAUAAUAUACAUGAAUAACAAAGAUUAAGUGGCAUGUAUACACACAUACACUGGAGAAAUAAUUUUUCUGCCUCAUAUGCAUCAUUAAAAAAAUCCCUAUUCCUGAAAAUUGAUAAAAUGAAUUAAUGCUGUCGGAAACACAGCUCAAAAUAAUAGUGCAAAAUAUAUGUAAAAUAUAUGGAAAGUGCAUACAAAUUGCUAAGUACUCCAACUAGCCUUUUAGAUUGCAUAAGCAUGUCAUCACAUAGAUAGACAGGAGCCACCAUGAAUGUUGCCACCAGGAGCCAGCCUUUUCUUGCAGUACAGCAUUUUGCAUUAAAUCUUAAUAGUCAAAUCUUAGUAAAGUGCCUUUGUUUAUCAGAUUACUUGAAGAAGUGUUAAAAUGUAUUAUGCAAAUACAACUAAUAAAUGCAACCCUAAUCAUAUCCAGAAUGCUUGGGACCUGGGGACUUUCCAUAAUUUGGAUCACCAUGCCUUAAGUCUAAAAAAAUAAUUUAAACAUUAAAUAAACCUAAUAGUAUUGUUCUGCUUCCAAUAAGGUUUAAUUAUAUCUUAGUUGGGAUAAAGUGCAAGGUACUAUUUUUACUAUUAUAGGGAAAACAGAAAUUAUUUAAAAAAAUUUAAUUAUUUGUUUAUAAUAGAGUGUAUGGGAGAUAGCCUUCCUGUAAUUCAAAGCUUUCUGGUUAACAGGUUUCUGGAUAACAGGUCCUAUACCUGUAUUAUAGGAAGCUGAACAAAUGUCAAAAUCAGAAAAUACUUUUCAUAUUAUCAAACACAGUGGUUUAUUGGACUGUUAUUAUGACACUGACAUUAUACUUUAGUUUAUGUAACUGUAAAUGAUCAAUAACAUUAUCAACUAAUAAAACUUGUACAUUUAACUUG